AUGCAUGAAAUAGAGAAAACCAAAAAAUUGGUGAAUCAAAAGACAUUCUUGAAACAAAGGGUUUCCAAAGUUAAAAAGAAACUUAUCAAGCAAAGGAGAGACAAUAUGGAGAAAGAGAUGGUUAUGCACAUGUUUGAAUGUCUCAAAGUCGGGGAAAUUAUGUCUAGCAGUACAUCUAAAGUUGAUUUGAAUAAGCUGCCACUGAUUAUUGACCAGAAUUUGAAGGACAUCGAUAGAAGGUUGGACACAGGGAUUAAUAGUAAUAAUGAUAGUUCAGUUGCACUACGACCUCAACCAGUAAUAUUUCAGAAUGAAGAAAUUGAAAUGAAUAAUGUUGAUGGGGAAGAAGCAAUUCUGUUUGAUAAUGAAGCUAGUCUUGAAAAUGAAUUUUGGAGUAAUCUACAACCUUAG